AAAGUUUCAUUUAGAUUUUUAAUUUUAUAAUGGAAUAAGAUUUGUAAGCAUAAGAGGGUAUUCAUUCUUCUCCACUAUCUCUGUUCAAAAGGGAAGUUUUUAAUUUGUCUUUCGGCCCCACCUCCCAACUCUCUUACUUUGUCUUUCGAAGCCUUAGUCCUGAGCUUUGGUGAAUCAUAUUUGGAUAAAUUGGAAGAAAGAGGCAUGAACAAAGAAUCAUAAUGAAAUAAAGGAAAAACUAAGAGAGAGGGCAAGUUAGCCAAUGGACUUUGGACAGAGUUUGGAAACAGGCAUUUAUAAAGAGUGGUUUAGAAAAUGAGAAUCCACAAUGGACUUGUAAGUUGUGACCUGGAGAUAAUAGGAAAGAUAAUUUUUAAAAGAAAUGUUACUGUGAGAUGAAAACUGGGUUCCUCCUACUAUCUCCUCAAGAUAUGUGAAUAAAGAUCCUCAUUGCUCUUCAUUUACUUUUUGUCACAUAAACAUGGCAUGUCCCUAAGAUUGGCGCUAUGUAGAAUUUCUACAUUUUCUAAUUAUAUUACUUUAGGUUAUUUGCCUAUUAAAAAUGUUUAUUUCUAAUGACUUUGAAGUUGAGGCUAUGGGUCUGAAUUGCAUUUAAAAUAUGACCUGUUUAUUUGGUGCAACAAUUCAUUAACAAAUAUUUAUAGAACACAAUAUAAUUUUCAAAACACAAACAUAAUUGCCAGAAUGGUUUAGUUGAAAUUUGCAUAAAGCAUUCCAAAAUAGUAAAACUUAUGUAAAUUUGGUUCACAAAAUAUUGAUUCAUAUUGGUCGAUUUGUUCACAAAAGAUACCUAAUGAAGAUAUUGCUGACUCCGUUAGUACAUGAACAAUUUCCAAAUUAGUAACAGGUAAGGGAACAAAUUAUUUGUACCACAUCGAAUGGAACCUAUAGAUGCAUAAGGCUUUGAAUUCUAUGGAUUCUAAUGAAAAUUGGCAUAUUUUAUGUUUUUUUUAAUCAGUGAUUCAAAACUUAAGGAGAGAGAAGGGGGGGAGAAAGAGAGAGAGAAAGAGAGAGAAAGAGAGAAAAAGAGAGAGAGCGAGUGUGUCUUUAGCCUUUAGAUUUUAUAUCAGAAGGAUAAGGAUAGAGUGUGCAAAUUGUCAGUUGAGCAGUUGAGCUCUGGAAAAGUUCUAGAGAUGAGUCACUCCAAAGUCUGGAGAAACUACACAGAGGGAAAGGGCAAAAGUGCUUGAAAUUUUUGAAAUAUGAUGUAAAAAUAACUUUUUAGGGAGCUUGGAGUGCAAGGAUGCCUUCAUCAGAUGACUGAAAAAAAUGCAAAUUUCUGGAAGGUCGGAUGCUAAAUUCUGGGAUUUAUCAGAGUUAUUAAACCAAGGGCAAGCCAAGCACGGUGGCUCACGCCUGUAAUACCAGCACUUUGGGAGGCAGAGGUAUGCAGAUCACGAGGUUAGGAGUUCAAACCAGCCUGGCCAACAUGAUGAAACCUCAUCUCUACUAAAAAUACAAAAGUUAGUUGUGUGUGGUAGCAGGCACCUGUAAUCCAAGCUACUUAGGAGGCUGAGGAAGGAGAAUCAUUUGAACCUGGGAGAUAGAGGUUGCAGUGAGCUGAGAAUGCACCAUUACACUCCAGCCUGGGCAACAGGGUGAGACUCUGUUAAAAAAACAAACAACAACAACAACAAAAAGCAAGGUCAAGUGUAUUGGAUGAUCAUAAUUUUUUAGAGGGAAAUCAGCGACACUGGAGCAGUAGCAAGUGUACUGGUUACCUGAUGUCCAUUUCUUUUGGGGGUAACAUAUACAAAUGAGACUACCUGACACUGGACUCCAAAGUAGAUACUGUGGCCCUUGGACCAAGGAGCUUUAUAAAACACAAUGGUUAAAAAAAGCACAAGGCCAACUCUUGCUGCGAACAGGGCCUACCCAUUGAAAUGUGACAACUGAGAACCUUAGCCAACAUUCUGCUCUGCCACUAUAGCUUUCAAAAGUAGGAAAGCACCAAACCAAAAUGUAAAGUGGUCAAAUCUAGGAUAGAACCUUACUUUCCACUUCCAGUUUUGUCACAAUCUCAUCCCUGGCUCAUGAAGCAGCAGCUCUUCCACUGGAGUGAGUGGUGGACAGUGUCCAAGCCUUGUGAUUGCAUCUGCGUGACAUGGUUGCGCGGUAGCUCUUAGCCCUCAUUUGCAGCAUCCAUGUUUUACCAAGAUCAAUUUCCUUAAGCAUCCAACUAUAUAGCAAGUAUCCUUGGAGUUUUGCAGAAGAUCAUUUCCCUAUAUGUAAGGCUAGUCAUCAGGAAAUCAGCCUCAGCUGACUUCACCCUUCCCUUUAAGUCCAGAGAAAGAUCUCAUUUCUUCAGCUAAGUGAUGAGAACUAAAGGAUGUGAUGGGUGAAUCAAAUUGUGAAUAUAUUAUGCAGUACUGUAAGGUCAUUAUAAGGCACACAGCUAAAGAAAAAUGAUGUGGAAAGAUUACCCUGAACUUCUUAAUGUAGGAGGCCCAAAUCUAUCAAGGCAUGAAGAUUAGGAAUCAAGAAGAAAGUAGUGUCCUAGGACUAGUGUCAGUUUCUUCAGCUGGAGAGACAGAGGAUAUUGUGUAGGGCUGCUAAAGCAAUCCAAACUUGAACUAAAUCCCCAGGGCUAAUGGCAGAGAAGCGAUUUUGCAUAUAAUUUUAAGAUAUUUACUCAACUCCUAAACUAUGUAUGAAGGAUAAGCUGUUGAGCAAAUGAGUAAACAGCAGCAGCUUGAAGGGGAAAUUUUAAAAGAUUUCAUGGUGCUUUGGAGAAAAAUUAGAAUUUAGGAUACAUCAAGGUGAAGGGACCCCAAUAAAUACUCCAACUUUUUUAGAGCGUGCACCAGACUGACUAUAGCAUUCUCUAUGAAGUAAGGGCAAACCAAAGUUACACCAACCCUACCAAAUUCUGAACCCCAGUGUUGACCGAGUUAAGUACAUCUUGUACUCUGUCUGCCAAAAAGAAAUAAAAUUCUCCUCUCCAGAAGAAGACAUCAUUAUCUAGAACCCAUAUUGAUUUUUAUACUCAAUGUAUAUCAUUCAAUCAAAAAUUAUUAAGCAUGUGAAUUCUGCCAGAUGCACAAGACAAGCUGGUAUCAUUACUACUGAGACUAUUUCAAAAAAUUGAGGAAGAGACACUUCUCCACAGCUCAUUCCAUGAAAACAUCAGGAGGAGACACUCCUCCGAAGCUCAUUCCAUGAGAACAUCAUUAUCUGGAUAAUAAAACAUGGCAGUCACAACAACAACAAAAAACUUUAGGCCAAUAUCUUUGAUGAACAUUGAUGCAAAAAUCCUCAACAAAAUACUUGCCAAGGAAAUCCAGCAGCACAUCAAAAGCUAAUCCACCAUAAUCAAGUAGGCUUCACUCCCAGAAUGCAAGGGUGGUUCAGCAGUUGCCAAUCAAUAAACAUCAUUCAUCAAAUGAACAGAACUAAAGACAGAAACCACAUAAUUAUCUCAAUAGAUUCAGAAACAACUUUUGAUGAAUUCAACACCCCUUCAUGUUAACCCUUUUCCAUUUACAAAAAAGUACAGCUUGUUGCCAAUGUUCAUUUAAUUUUACAUAAACAUCCUCUUUGAGGUUGAAGCAAAUCUGACUGAUUUUCAACGUAAAAAUAAAACUUAAAACUGUUCUUGGAGUUAUUUCUAAACAGAACUUGUCUCAAAUCUUAACAUAACAGAAAUGUAUAUGAUAAUCAGUAUUUAAUAAUUUUUUAUGUGAUAAAUUUCAAAGCACAGAACAACACAAAUUGGAGCAUCACAUACUGAACAAAAAGAAUGCAUUUCUCUUCAGAUCCUCUUGCCAUUCCUUCUGUUGUGCAGGUAGCAAACUUAAAUUUCAUUUCCCUGACGUUAGUAGUAGGCUUUUGGGUGAAGUGUUUUCCAGACAGGUGAAGAGGUAUGGCAUCAUCAAUGCGCAUGGGUGACCUUAAAGAUAUUCUGCCCUGGCUUGAGAUGCUUUUCCAGCAUUCUUUCAAUCGAUGGCAGUCUCAAGUUUACAUGGCUAAUCUUGUGCUCAGGAUUGUCCUUCUUGAACGGGAUAUAAUUCAAUGAUUUAAUAGAGGUGGUGAAAGAAUUUCUUUUACCAAACAUUGUGUUUUAUUUUGGGAUAUACACUGCAGCUGCAACCACUGCUGGUGAAUAUUCUCAGGAGCAAAUGGAAAAUGGUUAAAAACUCUCAAUAAACUAGAUAUUGAAGGAACAAACCUCUAAAUAAAAAGAGCUGUCUAGGAAAAACCCACAGCCAACUUUAUACUGAAUAGCAAGAGCUGGAAGCAUUCCUUUUGAAAACUGGUAGGUGACAAAGAUGCCCUCUCUCACUACUCCUGUUCAACACAGUAUUGAAAGUCCUUGCCAGAGAAAUCAGGUAAGAAAAAGGAAUAAAGGCACCCAAAUAGGAAGAGAGGAAGUCAACUAUCUCUGUUUGUAGAUGGCAUCCUAUAUCUAGAACACCCUAUAGUUUCAGACCAAAUGCUUCUUCAGAUGAUAAACAACUGCAGCAAAGUUUCAGGAUGCAAAAUGAGCAUACAGUGCUCACAUCAGCAGCACAUAUACUAAAAUUGGAAGGAUCCUGCACAAGCAUGCCACACAAAUCCGUGAAGAGUUCCAUAUUGUUAAUUAAUAACCUAACUUCACAAUUGAAAUAAUUAGAGAAUCAAGAACAAAUUAAUCCCAAAGCUAGCAGAAGAUGAGAAAUAAUGAAAAUUAGAGCUGAACAGAAGGAAAUUGAGACAUGAAAAACCAUUUAAAAGAUCAUUUUAAUGAAAAAAGAUGAUUUUUAAUUAAAUCAUUUUAAAUGAAAAAAGAUUUUUCAUUUAAAAGAUCAAUGAAUCCAGGAAUUAUUUUCUUGAAAAUUAAUAAAUAGGCCACUAGCUAGACUAAUAAUAAAGAAAAGAAAGAAGAUCCAAAUAAACACAAUUAGAAAUGAUGAAGGGAAUGAUACUACUGACUCCACAGAAAUGAAAGCAACUAUUAGAAACAACUGCAAACUCCUCUAUGCACACAAACAAGGAAACCUAGAAGAUAUAGAUAAAUUCCUGGACACAUACACCCUCUUGAGUCUGAGCCAGGAGAGAAAACUCUGAAAUGGAAUCAGUAAUAAAGGUCCUACCAACCAAACAAAAGCCCAGGACUUGUUGGAUUAACAGCUGAAUUCUACCAGAUGCAGAAAGAUGAGCUGGUACCAUUUCUACUGAAACUAUUCUAAAAAAUUGAGGAGGGACUCCUCCCCAAGUGAUUCUAUGAGGCCAGCAACAUCUUGAUAACAAACCUGGCAGAGACGCACACAAAAAAGAAAACCUCAGCCCAAUAUUCUUGAUGAACAUCAAUGCAAAAUUCCUCAACAAAAUACUUGCAAACCGAAUCCACCAGCACAUCAAAAAGCUAAUCCACCGUGGUCAAAUAGGCUUCAUCCCCAGGAUGCAAGUUUGGCUCAACAUAUACAAAUCAAUAAGUGUCAUUCAUCACAUAAACAAAACUAAAGACAAAACCACAUGAAUAUCUAAAUAGAUGCAGAAAAGACUUUGGAUAAAAUCUGACACUGCUUCAUCUUAAAAACUGUCAAUAAACUAGAUAUUGAAGGAUCAUACAUCAAAAUAAUAAGAACCCUCUAUGACAGACCAACAGCCAAUAUUAUAUUGAAUAGGCAAAAGCCAGAAGCAUUCCCCUUUGAAAACCACCACAACACAAGGAUGUCCUCUCUCACCACUUAUAUUUAACAUAGUAUUGGAAGACCAAGCCAGAGCAAUUAGGCAAGAGAAAGAAGUAAAGUGCAUUAAAAUAAAAAGAGAGGAAGUCAAACUAUCUCUGUUUGAAGACGACAUAAUUCUGUAUCUAGAAAACCCCGUAGUCUUGUCCCAAAAGCUCCUGCAGCUGAUAAACAACUUCAGCAAAGUUGCAAGAUACAAAUUCAAUGUAUAGAAACCACUAGUAUUACUAUACCCCAACAAUAGCCAAAAUGAGAGGCAAAUCAGAAAGGCAAUUUCAUUCACAACUGACACAACAAGAAUAAAAUACCUAGGAAUAUAGCUAAUGAGGAAGAUAAAUGAUUUUUACAAGGAGAACUACAAAAUUGCUCAAACAGAAACAAAUGGGAAAACAUUCUAUGCUCAUGGAUAGGAAGAAUCAAUAUCAUUGAAAAGCUAUACUGUCCAAAGCAAUUUACAGAUUCAAUGCUAUCCCUAUGAAACUCCCAAUGACAUUCUUCACAAACUAGAAAAAACUAUUCUAAAAAAUUCAUAUGGAACCCAAAAAGAGUUUGAAUAGAAAGUCAGUCCUAAGCAAAAAAAAAAAAAAGAAAAAAAAAAGAAAAAGAAAGAAAGAAAAAAGAAAAGAAAUAAAAGAAAAAGGCAUCAUGCUACCUGACUUUAUACUAUUAAACAAGGCUAUAGGAACCAAAACAUCAUGAUACUGAUACAAAAGCAGGCACAUAGAGCAAUGAGACACAGUAGAGAGCCAUCAAUAAGGCCAUACAUCUGUGCCCAUCUGAUCUUUCACAAAGCUGACAAAAACAAGCAAUGGGGAAAAAACUCCCCAUUCAAUAAAUGGUGCUGAGAUAACUGGUUAGCCAUAUGCAGAAGAUUGAAGCUGGACCCUGUUCUUACAUCAUACACAAAAAUCAACUGGAAAUGAAACAAAGACUUAAAUGUAAAACUCAACACUAUAAAAACCCUGAAAGACAACCUAGGCAAUACCAUCCUGGACAUAGAAAUGGGCAAAGAUUUCAUGACAAAGCCACCAAAAGCAAUUGCAACAAAAGCAAAAACUGACAAAUGGAUGUAAUUAAAUUUAAGAGCUUCUGCACAGCAAAAGGAACUAUCAACAGAGUAAACAGACAAACUACAGAAUGGGAGAAAAUGUUUGCAAACUGUACAUCUGACCCAGAUCUAAUAUCCAGCAUCUAUAAGGAACUUAAACACAUUUACAAGAGGAAAACAAGCAGCCACAUUUAAAAGUGGACAAAUGACAUGAACAAACAUGCACUUCUCAAAAGAAGAUAUACAUGCAGCCAGGAAGCAUAUGAAAAAAAAAGCUCAAUAUUACUGAUUAUUAGAGAAAUGCAAAUGAAAGCCACAGUCACACACCAUCUCACACCUGUCAGAAUGACUAUUAUUAAAAAUCCAAUUGGCCAGGCGCGGUGGCUCAAGCCUGUAAUCCCAGCACUUUGGGAGGCCGAGGCGGGUGAAUCACGAGGUCAAGAGAUCGAGACCAUCCUGGUCAACAUGGUGAAACCCUGUCUCUACUAAAAAUCCAAAAAGCUUAGCUGGGCAUGGUGGCGUGUGCCUGUAAUCCCAGCUACUCAGGAGGCUGAGGCAGGAGAAUUGCCUGAACCCAAGAGGUGGAAGUUGCAGUGAGCCGAGAUCACACCAUUGCACUCCAGCCUGGGUAACAAGAGCAAAACUCUGUCUCAAAAAAAAAAAAAAAAAAAAAAAAAAAUCCAAAAACUAACAGAUGCUGGUGAGGUUGCAGAGAAAAGGGAAUGCUUAUACACCGUGGUGGGAAAGUUCAACCAUUGUGGAAAGCACUGUGACGAUUCCUUAAAGAGGUAUAAGUAGAAUUGCCAUUAGAUCCAGCAAUCCUAUUACUGGCUGUAUACCCAGAGGAACAUAAAUCAUUUUGCCUUAAAGAAACAUGCCAGUGAAUGUUCAUUGCAGCACUAGUCACAAUAUCAAAGACAUGAAAGCAACCUAAAUACCCAUCAAUGACAGGUUGAAUAAAGAAAAUGUGGCACAUAUGCACCAUGGAUAUAUAUACACCAUGUAUUACGUAUAUACUAUGCAACCACAUAAAAGAACUAGAUCAUGUUCUUUGCAGGAAAAUGGAUGGAGCUGGAGGCCAUUAUCCUUAGUAAACUAAUGCAGGAACAAUAAACCAAAUACCACAUGUUCUCAUUUCUAAGUGGGAGCUAAUCAUAACAACUUAUAAACACAAAGAAGGAAACAAUAGACACUGGGGUCUACUUGAUGAGGGAGGCUGGGAAGAAAGAGAGGAGCAGAAAAGAUAACUAUUGGGUACUAGGCUUAAUACCUGGAUGAUGAAAAUCUGUACAACAAACCCCUGUGGCAUGAGUUUACCUAUGUAACAAACCUUCUCAUAUACCCCCACUUCUAAAAUAAAAGGUUUUUUUUUUUUUGAUUACCCGAUAUGAAAAGAAACAGAACCAAGUGACUGAAAAUCAAGAUUAAAUCAAAUAAUAGGAAUUGAUCCAUGAACAUCUUAGAUUUUGGAAUUGUUAGAUAAGGGACUUUAAAACAACUAAAUAUUUGCAACAAAGGAGGGGGAAAUGAUGUGUGGAAACUCCAGAAGUGUAGCAACAGGUCCUGGAAAUUCAGUCAAUUUUUCGAUGACUCACUUUUUGAGAAUCUUGCUUGGAUGUUAACAUACCCUUUGUUUUCAUUCAAAUUAUUCCAAUAUCUUAAAGCUGACAAUAAACUAUAUCUUUCAGAUAAACGUAUAUACUUAAUAGUGUUCAAACUACACUUUACGAAAGAAGACAUAUAUGAGGCCAACAAUCAUAUGAAAAAAUUCUCAUCGUCACUGGUCAUCAGAGAGAUGCAAAUCAAAACCACAUUGAGAUACCAUCUCACGCCAGUUAGAAUGGCGAUCAUUAAAAAAUCUGGAGACAACAAAUGCUGGAGAGGAUGUGGAGAAAAAGGAACACUUUUACACUGUUGGUGGGAAUGUAAAUUAGUUCAACCACUGUAGAAGACAGUGUGGCGAUUCCUCAAGGCCUUAGAAAUAGAAAUUCCAUUUGACCCAGCAAUCCCAUUACUGGGUAUAUAUCCAAAAGACUAUAAGUCGUUCUACUAUAAGGACACAUGUACACGAAUGUUCAUUGCAGCACUGUUUACAAUAGCAAAGACUUGGAAUCAACCCAAAUGCCCAUUGAUGAUAGACUGGAUUGGAAAAAUGUGGCACAUAUACACCAUGGAAUAUUAUGCAGCAAUCAGAAAUGAUGAGUUUGUGUCAUUUGUAGGGACAUGGAUGAAUCUGGAGAACAUCAUCCUCAGCAAACUGACACAAGAACAGAAAACGAAACACCGCAUAUUCUCACUCAUAGCAUUUUUUUGAGGACCCUGAAGGAAAGAUUGAGUUGCCACGAUCCUUGAAAAUGUAUUCCUGGAAACGUCCACAGGAUAUUUUAUUUAGUCGGACUCCAGUGGUUGUGAAAAAUGAAAUCACAUUUGACUUGUUUUCAGCAAAUGAACAUUUACUCUGCAGUGAGCUGAUGAGAUGGAUUAUCACUGAAAUCCAUGCAGUGUGGAAGAUCUUCAAUGGAGGAAUUUUGAGCAAUUAUUUUAAGGGGACUUCAGGGGAACCUCCUCUUCUCCCAUGGAAGCCCUGGGAACACAUAUACUCUCUAUGCAAGGCUGUGAAGGGUCAUAUGCCUUUGUUCAAUAGCUAUGGAAAGUAUGUUGUGAAACUUUACUGGAUGGGUUGCUGGAGAAAGAUAACAAUUGAUGACUUUCUGCCUUUUGAUGAAGAUAACAAUCUAUUGCUUCCAGCUUCAACUUACGAAUUUGAACUGUGGCCAAUGCUUUUGUCUAAGGCUAUUAUCAAGCUGGCAAAUAUUGACAUCCAUGUAGCAGACAGGAGAGAACUGGGAGAGUUCACAGUUAUUCAUGCGCUCACAGGGUGGUUACCAGAAGUCAUUUCUCUUCACCCCAGAUAUAUGGACAAAGUUUGGGAGCUCCUGAAAGAAGUACUGCCUGAGUUUAAGCUGUCAGAUGAGGCCAGCUCUGAAAGCAAAAUAGCAGUGUUAGAUUCGAAAUUAAAAGAACCAGGGAAAGAAGCGAAGGAGGGAAAAGAAGUAAAGGAUGGAAAGGAAGUAAAAGAUGCAAAGGAAUUCAAACUUGAAAGUUCUUUGACAGCACUAAAGGCUCCUGAGAAAAGUGACAAAGUUCAAAAGGAGAAAGCAGAUGUAAAAGACAUUGGAAAGAAGAGAGGUAAAGAUGGAGAAAGAGAAAAAUUCAAAUUCUCACUUCAUGCUUCAAGACUUUCAUCAGAUGUGCAGUACUCUGUACAGUCCCUAUCAGAUUGUUCUUCUGCAGUACAGACCCCUCAUAUGGUUAUAUAUGCGACAUUUACUCCUCUCUAUUUGUUUGAAAAUAAGAUAUUUUCAUUAGAGAAGAUGGCAGAUUCUGCUGAGAAACUUAGAGAAUAUGGGCUUUCGCACAUCUAUAGCCAUCCUGUGCUGGUGACUAGAAGUAGGUCUUGUCCUCUGGUAGCACCACCAAAACCACCUCCUGUACCUCCCUGGAAACUCAUUCGUCCAAAAAAGGCAACUGUUAUAACAGAUGAAGCUCAAGAGUUAAUAGUAAAGAAGCCUGACCAGUUCCUUGAGAUUUCAAGUCCGUUUUUUAAUUAUAGAAUGACUCCAUUUACAAUUCCAACAGAAAAGCAUGAUAUGCGCUCCUUAAUUAAGAAAGGAAUAACCCCAGGAUCUGGUUUACCUUCCGUCAGUGAAACUGAUGAAACUGCAAAUAGCCAGACAGAUUUGAGUCAAAUAACGAAAGCUACAUCUCAGGGAAAUACUGCUUCGCAAGUUAUACUUGGAAAAGGCACAGAUGAACAAAUGGACUUUGGAUUGGGUGAUACCCAUCAGAGUGAUGGGUUAAACUUGGAAAGAGAUGUAGUCAGCCAGACUACAGCAACACAGGAAAAGUCACAGGAAGAACUUACAACAAAUAAUCGUGUUUCUAAAGAAAUAUGGUUAGAUUUUGAAGAUUUCUGUAUAUGCUUUCAAAAUAUAUAUAUUUUCCACAAGCCAAGUUCAUAUUGCCUUAACUUUCAAAAAUCAGAAUUUAAGUUCUCAGAAGAACGAGUGUCCUACUAUCUAUUUGUGGAUAGUCUAAAACCUAUUGAACUACUGGUUUGCUUUUCUGCAUUGGUACGCUGGGGGGAGUAUGGAGCCUUAACAAAAGACAGCCCUCCCAUAGAGCCUGGACUUCUCACAGCUGAAACGUUUUCUUGGAAAUCCCUGAAACCCCUCAAUCUCGUUCUGAAGAUUCACACAUAUGCUACCAAGGCUACAAUGGUUCGUCUGCCUGUUGGGAGACACAUGCUACUGUUCAACGCGUACUCCCCAGUAGGACACUCCAUACACAUCUGCAGCAUGGUGCCGCUUGUCAUUGGGGAUGAACAUGUUGUGUUGCCCAACUUUGAACCAGAAAGCUGCCGAUUUACAGAGCAGUCUCUGUUGAUUAUGAAAGCGAUUGGAAAUGUGAUUGCUAAUUUCAAAGAUAAGAGUAAACUCUCUGCAGCUUUGAAGGAUCUGCAAACAGCUCACUACCCUGUCCCCUUCCAUGAUAAAGAGCUAACUGCACAGCACUUCAGGGUUUUUCAUCUUUCCUUAUGGCGUUUGAUGAAAAAAGUUCAAAUAACAAAACCUCCUCCGAACUUCAAAUUUGCAUUCCGGGCUAUGGUUUUGGACUUGGAUUUACUUGACUCCUCCUUGGAAGAGGUUUCUUUAGUGGAAUGGCUGGACAUUAAAUACUGUAUGCCCACAAGUGAUCAAGAAUAUUCUCCUGAGGAAGUAGCAGCAGCAAUUAAAAUUCAAGCUAUGUGGAGAGGGACUUACGUUAGAUUACUUUUGAAAGCCAGAAUACCAGACACAAAGGAAAAUAUCAGUGUUGCAGAUACUCUUCAAAAAGUUUGGGCUAUAUUGGAAAUGAAUUUAGAACAGUAUGCACUUUCUCUCCUAAGGCUAAUGUUCAAAAGCAAGUGCAAGUCUAUGGAAUCUUACCCAUGCUAUCAAGAUGAAGAAACCAAGAUUGCUUUUGCGGAUUAUACUGUCACUUAUCAAGAACAGCCACCAAAUUCUUGGUUUAUAGUAUUCAGAGAAACAUUUUUGGUUCCUCAAGAUAUGAUUUUGGUUCCCAAAGUAUACACUACACUUCCAAUCUGUAUACUUCACGUUGUUAAUAAUGACACAAUGGAACAAGUGCCAAAGGUGUUCCAAAAAGUGGUGCCUUAUCUUUAUACGAAGAAUAAGAAGGGAUACACUUUUGUGGCAGAAGCAUUUACAGGUGACACAUUCGUACCAGGCUCACGAUGGAAACUGCGCCUCAUUGGUUCUUAUGCUCCACUGCCGUGUCUCUCUCGAGACCCUCCAUGCAGUGCCUUUGCCAUAAAGGAAAUCCGAGAUUACUACAUACCCAAUGAUAAGAACAUUUUAUUCAGAUAUUCUGUUAAAGUUGUAACACCACAACCUGCUACAAUACAGGUACGCACAUCCAAACUGGAUACGUUCAUCAAGCUGCAGGUCCUAGAAAAUGAAGAAACUAUGGUGAGCUCCACUGGAAAAGGCCAAGCUAUAAUCCCAGUGUUUAACUUCUUGAAGAGUGAGAAAGGUUUGAGCUCCCAGUCUAGCAAGCACGUUCUUUCAUUUCAUUCUGCAUCCAAGAAAGAGCAAGAAGUGUAUGUUAAGAAGAAAUCCGCUCAGGGAAGUCAGAAAUCCCCUAAGGUUAGACUCUUAAGUACAAUACAAGACACUGGUCUACCUCUUUUGGAGGAGGAAAGUACCAGUACACCCACUGCAGAAGACAGUUCCACCACACCACCACAGAAUUACAAGUAUAUUAUACAGUGUUUGGUGUUGUACAACAGUUGGCCUCUCACUGAAAGUCAGCUGACAUUUGUUCAAGCACUGAAAGACUUAAAGAAAAAUGAUGCCAAAGUUCAUGGUGAAAAACAUGAGGAGUUAAUUACCUUAGGAAGCCCAGAUUCCCACACUAUUAGUGAGGGACAAAAAUCUUCAGUAACUUCCAAAAUAACAAGGAAAGGCAAAGAAAAGUCUUCUGAGAAAGAAAAGGCAGCCAAAGAAAAACAAGCACCUCGCUUUGACCCUCAGAUAUCAUCCACUGUUCAUACUCAACAAGAAGACCCAAAUAAGCCCUAUUGGAUUCUGAGGCUGGUCACUGAACACAAUGAAUCAGAAUUAUUUGAAGUGAAAAAGGAUACAGAACGGGCAGAUGAAAUCCGAGCCAUGAAACAAGCCUGGGAGACAACUGAGCCAGGAAGAGCAAUCAAGGCUUCUCAGGCUCGUUUGCAUUACCUUAGCGGGUUCAUUAAGAAAGCAUCUGAUGCUGAGAGUCCGCCUAUAUCUGCAAGCCAAACUAAACGGACAGAAGAAGAAAUGCCUGCAAGUGGUGUAAAAGAGCCAGACUCAAAGAAUUCUGCAGGUUCAGAGCCACAAAUAGGAUCAGGGAAUGCAGUGUGGAAGAAGUGGCACUUGACCAAGGGCUUGAGGGAUCUGGCAAAAUCCACGAGCAGCGAAAGGGGAGCAGCGUCUUCACCAGGGAAGGAAGAGCGCGAGCAGACCACGCGAAAGGGAAACAUUAAAAUGGGACCUCGUUCACGAUCUCCAACAAUUUUGGAAACAUCUCCACGACUUAUUCGGAAAGCACUAGAAUUUACAGAUUUAAGCCAAUAUGUACGGAAAACAGAUGCAGAUCCUCUGCUGCAAACGGAUGAACUGAAUCAGCAGCAGGCAAUGCAGAAGGCAGAAGAAAUUCAUCAGUUUCGACAGCAUAGGACUCGAGUCCUUAGCAUUAGAAACAUUGACCAAGAAGAGCGGUUGAAGUUAAAGGAUGAAGUCCUGGAUAUGUAUAAGGAAAUGCGGGACUCCUUAGAUGAAGCCCGACAGAAGAUCUUCAACAUCCGGGAAGAGUACAGAAACAAACUGCUGGAAGCUGAGCGUCUAAAGCUGGAAGCUCUGGCUGCUCAGGAAGCUGCCAUGUGGGUGGAGACAGAGAAGAAGACCUUAGCUCCCGACAAACAGCAAAAAAAGAAAGGAAAGAAAAAGUAAUCAGGAGAUGUCCAAUCGUACCCUUCUUCUGGAUAAUACAAAAAAAAUAGAUUUUGCAUUUCUCUGGAGAGGAAAAAAAUAUAUUUGUAAUGAUCUCUAACUGCCUGCUGAUAAAAGAAGAUAUUGGGCCAAUUGAAAAGAGAAAUUUUUCUUUCU